GCGAAAGCGUUUACGGCGUGGGGCCCGUCCGCUCCACCCUCGCGCUGAGUUCUCGGCUGCCGGUCGGUCUGAGCAGGGCAGAACGGCGAGGAGGCCCCACCUGCGCCUCCGCGGGUUCUGGGUGGGGUCGCUGAGACCCCGGGCGUCCCCGUGCGAACCCGCUGGCAACAGGUCUGAUGGCGGCGCCCUUAUACCCGCCGCAAUUGAGUGAACGGUCCCCGCGCCUCCCCCUCUCGUAUCACCAGCGUCGCGGUCCCGCCGCCCAGACGUGCGGGACGGCGGUGUCCUUCGACCCUUCGCCUUACCCUCUCCCGGCCGUUUCUCGGAGCCCCGGGAUGGGGUCACCUCGGCUCCGGGUGUCCGUGACCUUCGAGGAUGUGACCGUGAGCUUUUCCCGGGAGGAGUGGGGGCAGCUGGGCCAAGCCCAGAGAACCCUGUACCAGGAGGUGAUGCGGGAGACGUGCUGGCUCCUGGUGUCCCUGGAUACCACAGGGGGUAAACUGGCCCUGCCUGUUUGUGUCAGGUGUCCCACAGUCCUGGAGCAGGGUCGUGGGCUACGGGCCGCUCUCGAGAUGGACAUCCGGUUCCCAAACCUGAGCUGACCCACCUGCUGGAGCGUGGGCAGCAGCUGUGGCCUGUGAGGAGGGACCUCCUCUCCCGAAGCACCUCCCCAGGUACAAGCCAGCAGCUGGUCGGGUGGGUCCGUGGCGGCCCCCCGCCUGUGAGCACUGAGACUGUGAGCUCCUGGGGGUUCUGACUGCUCCUCUGUCAUGUCAAGGGAUGCACAUCAGCGGAUCACCAUUGUUUUGAGACCUGGGCACCUUCUAAUGUCAGCGUGUAGCUUUCGGGUUGCUCUGGAACCAUCCGGCUGGUGGGGGGACACCUGCAGUUGCACAUGAUGUGAACUUGACUCCACGUGUUCCAUGACAGGAUCUAGGCAUUCGGCCACCCCUGGGGCCUCAGGCCUGGGGAAUGUGGCUUAGGUCUGUGCCAAGGGAAAGAGCCAGUGGGCCUGGUCUUCAGCGCAGCUUGAUUUAUUCAGCCUGCGGUCAGAGUCAGUGACACAGUCUCUGUGUGAGGGGGUCAUUGGCAGUUGUAAUGCUGUAACGCAGCAGGCUGCUUAGGACAGUGCGUGGCCUGUAGAAGGGCUCACAAAGUUCGCUCUUGUUGUGUCCACGUAAUUAUGUCCAUCAUGAGUGAUAGUGACAUCACACGUUCCUUUCUGGACUCAGGAAAAGGGGCCUUCCUUCUCCUUGGUAUUUUCAUCUGCGCUGUCGUGUGACCCCCACUAUUUCCCACCUUCACCAUCCAUUCGUCCUGUUUGUCCAUAAGACACGCAGUAGCUGCCCCAUGCCCUGUAACUUCCUGCCCCUCUUGCCCUGACAAACACCACACUGCUUGGCCUCUCCAGCCACAGGUGUGCCUCUGAGUGAGCCGUCUGGGGAGUCGCAGGUGGUCCUCUCCCUGCCCUUCAGGCUUCCCAGCCAGCGCGUGAGCACCUUUGGCCAGCACCCCCACCCCAACCGUCUGUCCCAGAUGCCACCCCCGUCUCCUUCAUCUCACAGCUCACUUCGCUGUCCGAGGCAUCAAGCUCCUUGACCACGUACGCUCCUUCCCCAGCCCAGUUUAGAGAACGUCCUGUCACCCCAGCCAGUUAGAUGGCAGGACACCCCACAAGUAGCAGCACCUCAGUGUCUCUGUCUCCGUCCUGCCCACAUCCCCGUACCCCUGGUCCUGCCCAUCAGAUGCUGUGUCUCCUGAGCCUGCCUUGCCCGCCACCCUCAGGAGAUCUACCAGCACCUGUCCCAAGCUCUCCCCGUCCUUUGCGUGGAUGAUGGCGGAGCCUCCCACCCUGCCUGCCCACAUCUCUGUGCCCCUGUGCAGCUCGGUACCCUGCACCAGCUCCUGCACCCACUCCGACCUGGUCUAAAUCAUCACGGCUUCCUCAGUCACUGCUGUCUUAGCACAGAAUCAGCAUCACGUGAAAAACGAACGCUGCGUGCCUCUGCCGCUUGCUCCCGAGCCUGUGCUGGCCCAUCUGUGCCUCGCAUCUGUGGCUUCCCUUUUCCUCUGUGGAACACGUCUCACCCCUGACCUCUUGGCCUGUUCCUCCACUGGCCCCACACGGCGCCUCUGCCUUCUCUGGGAACCUGCUUCUUCACUUUUCUCCGACUUGUGUAUCCAUCUUCUCUCUCCACACAGGCUCAGGUCACUUAUGCUUGGGGAAAAGUAAAAUGGGUCCUGGGCCUUUAGAUCCACAGCAGCCCACCGCGAGCGUCCACUCCACUCAUGAAGCCAAGUUUCUUGAAAGAGUUGCCUCAUUUAAAGAAAAUUCAUGUGCACUUUACUUACAGUGUUUUUGUUAAGAUCUCGUUAAUUUUUUUUUACCCUGGAAGUGUAUAAUAACGUGCACAAACCUUACAGGUUCUGCUUAAAUUUUUGCACAUGUAUUAGUUGAAGUGCCCUCCAGCGCAGUCAGCCUUUAGGAUAUUUCCAGGGCCCUGGCAGGCUCCUGGUGCCCCUUCCUGUCAGCUGCUCCUCCUGCAGUGCUGACCACCAUGUACACUCUAUCGCUGUGAAUUGGUUUUGUUGUUGUUUUUGUUUUUGGGUUGGUGAUGCUUUAAACACCAGAAAUUAAUUUUCUCGCAUUUCUGGAGGCGAGAAGUAAGGUGUCAGCACAUCGGUUCAUGCUGAGGCCCCUUCCCCCUUGGCUUGUAGAACAGAUGGCCUGUCCGUGUCGGGGCCAUUGCUGUCACCUGGUCGCCCCAUGCAGCAGUGCAGGGCUCUCCGGGAAGUCGGAGCCAGCCGCCUGUGUGACACUGAGGAAGUGGCCCACACGAUCGUGAGGGCCGAACUGCUUGACGUCCACAGGCAGUCCUUACGCCGGAAGAGUUGCUGUUGCAGCCUGAGUCUGCGGCCAGAGCUCCUUCCUCCCAGGGAUGUGAGUCUUUUCCUUUCAGGCCCUCAGUUGCUUGGACGAGGCCCGCUCACCUUAUGAAGGACUUUAAUCCUGUGCAGAGGACUCCCCUCAGCAGUCGUCAAGGCAUUGAAUCAUACCCAAAAUCAGGAAAGCUACAUGCACAGCUGAAGUAAAUGCAUGAUAAACUAUGAGAGACAAAUGUGGAACAGAAUUCUCAUUGUCUGGUCUUAUAAAUGGUUGUGUGAAGUUGUGUUACAAAUGAAGAAUCCGGAUAUUUAGG